AUGAAGUUCUUGGAGUACACUAAUCUGGACAGAUUGAAUAUUUUUCUGGGUCAUCUUAAUCUCGGGGAAAGAACUAUCAAAGGUUGCCUUGAAGCCUAUUCUUGUAAACAUGCGGGAACUGAUAAAAGAUUGUCUCUUAGUUUGGAGAAUGAGAUGCUCGAUUAUCUCGGGAAAUCUUCUGACUCGGACUCUUCUUCACCUGUCGAUCUUUUGUUAAGUAGAUCAAGUCGAAAGGCUUUGAUCUACUUGGUACUUACACUCUAUCAGAUGUAUCCGGACUACGAUUUCAGCGCUGUCAAAGCACAUCAGUUUUUUUCGGAGGAAAGCUGGGACACGUUUAAGCAGAUUUUUAACAACUAUAUGUUUGAAGCUUCUAAGGAAUGGACGGAAAGGAAUGAGGAUGGUUCCUUGCUUGAGGUACUCUACAAGGCUCUUGAUGAGGUUGUAAAACUAGCUGACUGUGAGAUAUAUGUGUACAACCCAAAUCCUAAUGCUGAUCCUUUCCUCGAGGAAGGAGCAAUAUGGUCUUUCUGUUUCUUAUUCUACAACCGAAAACUGAAGCGUGUUGCGGGUUUCCGUUUCUGCUGCAUAAGUAACCUGGCAAAUGAUGCAUUUCUCGGUGACAGUCCUCCAUAUGGAGAAGAUGAUGAGAUCUUUGACGAUAUGGAUAUGUGA